AUGUCUUCCAAAACCAAUAACCCCUUCAUCGAUGCCAUCCACCACCAUACUAGUAGACGGGCACGCAUCGCCCAGAGGAUACCUAGCCCCUUACGAGAGAGCAUGUCUUUAGACCAACUGCAGCAACAUGAGCAGCCAAUCUCGUCAUGCAACAGCACUCCCAAAACUGCUAUUGACGUUCAGAACCUCCUCGCAGCCAUAUAUAGGCUGCAGAAACGGUACAGAGCUCAAGGGAAACCUUACAUGUCUGUGGCCCCUAACAAUGAGGAUAAGGUGCUCAAAAAAGCGCUGAAAAAGGUGCCUGUGAAGCUGGCUAAGUUGCAAGAAGAAAUCCCUUCCGUUCUAAGAAAGGCCCUUGAUGCUCUUGCAAGCUUGUGUUCUUCCAGGGAAGACGAGGUCGUCGCGGUCGGUUUAGAAGCUUGGCAUGCUAAGAAAACCAAUCAAAAUUGGAUCAAGAUCCUGGUUGCAACGGAAGGCCAAGUUGGAGAGCAAAGUAAGCAGCAAUUGAUGCUUAUCUGGAAGUCCAUGAAGGACGUCGCAUCCGUUUGGAACAGGCAAAGUGUCGGCGGCAUGGAGAUGGAAGAGUCCAUGAAGAAGUUCGUGCGAGAGAAGCAAGAGCUCAUUGCCGAUUUCGUGAGUCUUUGUAUGGGCUUCGUGUUCGUGAAGUGGACGAAGGAGGUCAACUCCGAGAUUGCCAUUCUACUGGCCGUACCGUUAGACGACUUUCCGAAGACCCAUCCAUUCUGCACGGUGAGGGAGAAUAUGCGACGCCUCUUUACGAUGUACACUAGCCAGAAUCCGACAAUUGGAAAGCCACGUUCAGAAGACAAGAAGGGGUGGGGGCGAUUCACCACGAGCCUCACUAGGACAAAAGAGUCUAUCGAGCUGUUCAUGAGCAGCGACCCCGGAUUUGGGCCCAAAGACCAUUCAUACGCCCAUUACUUCCCAUCAAUAGAAAGGUAUCUGCAAAAGGUUACAGCGUACUUUGAGAUGGUACAGCACCUUCAAAUGACUGCCUGUUUGCCUGAAUGUCAGGACUUACUCAAGCGUCCAUUCAGUCUUUAUGCGCUUUCGGCAAUAAAUAGUAUAGCUCGUGAUGUCCCGUAUACAGCCCAGGAUUGGGAACGUGUCCUCAAGAAGGCCUCCAGUACAACGCCAGAAAGGUAUGAGCUGGACAUUGGUGUUGUUUCUAAAGAUACAGAGUGUAUGGCCAAAGAGCCUGUCCCUCGAGAUGUCCAUGUGCACUGCGAGUUAAGACUCGUCCUCGAGGCAAUGCAACGACCGCAGACUGUCUACGCGUACAUCGGCAUGUCAAAACUGUCGUGCUCCGGGUGUCACCUAUUUCUUAGGGUUUUGAACGACGUCUACGGGACGAAGUUUUGGACAAGGGGCUACAAAAAGAAGGCCCGGUACCCAUGGAAAUUUCCGCCAGGUUUGUGGUUCGGUGGUAGGAUCACUGACCAGAUGUACCGCCUGAUUGCACAGGCCUGGACACGGCGUUAUAACGGGUAUCGUCCGAGGCGUGCUCAUUUUCAAUCAGAAAGUGUUCUUUCAGCUCCCUCAACUGUGACAGAUGACGUUUCAGUUGCCUCCUCGGAAUCAAUAAGCAAAAAGGGAAAUAAGGACGAGGAUCACCAGUGCAGUCGAAGCCUUGCUCGGAGUGUUUCGGGUGGGCUGCGGCGAGCGUCGUCUUUCCUUGGGUCGCGAAGAAUCUCUUCUGGUAGUAAUUCCAAUCAGAGGAUGGGUGGGAAAUUGCGCUCGCUAAAAACUGAAGACACGUCUUGUAUUCCUCUCUAG